AUGAACCAUGUCCGAGGUCGAUUCGAAAUCCUGUGCCUCUCUGGAUCAUACCUGGUGAUAGAUGACGGUGUUUCACGCACACGGAAUGGAGGUCUAUGCAUAGUGCUGUGUGGCGCCGAUCACAGGGUGAUUGGAGGAAGCGUUGGUGGAGUCCUAACAGCAGCCGGGACAGUUCAGGUGAUUGUGGGGAGCUUCAUGUACGCGGGGUCGAAGAAGAGCAGGAAGGGCAAGGCCGGGCAGGAGUCUGCUGCAGCGGAGGAAGAACAGACCGGCGAUGCCAACGGGGGCAGGGGCGCAGACAGAGUUGGAGGUGAGGCGGAGGAAGAGGGCCCUUCGCCGCUGAUGCCGAUGCCCCACGGAGAGGAGGAGCUGCCGUCGGACGCGAUGAUAAGCGGGUGGACGGGCAUGAUGCGGCAGAUGGAGUCGCGGUCCUGCGGCAUCGACAUCAACUCGAUCCGGGAGUGAAGGAUGUAGACUGUUUAAUUAGUUUGGUACGGCGGAAGUUGAGCCUAGGCUAGCUUAGCUAGUGGAUGAUGGA